UACUUUAGCAUUAAAGAAAAUAUUAAAGUAUCUUAUUUCAUUAUAGGGUCAACAGUAAUUGAAUCGUACUAUUACGCACAUUCUUUCAUUUUCUGUUCAUGUUUUCAUGUAUUGGUGUAUUUUAUCACACAAUGUUAAGUCGGCAGUACAGUAAAAUAGUACACCAUACUUUGUUGUGCGUUGUGGGGGUCGGUUCGCGAAGGCCUGCUGUCAUAGACUUACUGUCCCGUAUUUCACCUUAUUGAAUCUGGUCGCCCUAUAACUUGUGCGCACUCUCUCUCUCCAUCUCACCCUCUCUUUCUCUGCACACACAUUAUGCCUACUCAAACACAUCAGAAAAAUUCACUGCUCCAGCUGUCCUCUAUAUCUGAUGUCACUAUAAUUAACGGAAUGCGUUCACCGCGAGACAGUAUUUGGUUUGUUUUUGUUUCUCAUAUUUUCAACGCUGUUACACGCCUCGUGAUGUGAGACAGUGUGGUUAACUGGGAUGCUGCUUAGAUAUUCAGUUCCAACCGUAGGUGGUUCCGUUGGGAAGAGAGGGCGUGUACUGUAUUGAUUCGACAUUGAAAGCUAAAAGGAGACAUUAGUAUCUGGUUCAAUGCAAUUGUUUAGUUUCCAGCUAUUUUGUUGAUUUUGAUGACCACUCAAACGCGAGGACACCUAACGCGACUAGCCCUAACUGGUAUUGAUAGCUUACUCUUUUAACACAAAUAAAUCUACUUUGGACAAUCGAAACAUUUGGCGUGGAACUCGACGUAGAACACCAGCUCCAAUAAAUUGUUAUGGCUAUUAACACCGAUGCUACGUUUGGAAAAAGCGCUCUUGGCGAGAGGGAAGUUUCGCAUCCCACAGAUUUCCAAGAUACGGAAAAACUUUUGAGCAUUAUGAAGAACGAACCAAGCGGGCAAAGCAAUCUCAAACGGUCCGACUCUUUCUCCCUCAACAUGAGAGGCAGUAUCCGUUCUCUUGAUGCGGACCUAACUGGACACAUGUCGCCGUUUAAGUCAGGAUCCGUGGGAACUCUUGGGGCCCCACCCGUUUCACCCACCCGUCUCAGCUUAGGCCCAGCGCUCUCUCCGUUGCCACCAGAUGCUGAACCACCGAGCUACCUCUGGCUGGCAAUUAUAUCAUGCUUUUGUCUUUCCAUCCCGGUGAACAUGCUUGCACUGUGGUAUGCGCACGUGUCUCGAUCUGUUCUUCAGACUGGGGAUGUUGAGAGUGCAAGAAAGUCUGGGCGUAUCUCUCUAGCGUGUAGCUGCAUCGCGAUCCUUCUGGGCGUGGGAAUAUAUACUUCCAUAGUGAUCUCAGAGACAAGCGUGUGAUCCUAGUCGUCUCCGAUCUUUACCACAUCUACGGUGAAACUGAUGAGCAUCAAUUAGAUGCGUUGAAGAAAUUACCAUCAGACUUUGUGUCCAGAGAGAAACAUGCUUCAAAAUAGAAAAAGAACAGUAUACAAUCAAGACUAGCUUAAAAUAUUUUGACCUGAAUUUGAAAGCUGCAAGAAUCCUGAUGAACAGGGGCGCCGUAUUGGGGGGAAAAGUUAGGACGAUUAUAUUUUUAUUUUUUUGUUGAAAAACUAAUAGAAAUUAUCAAAUGUUUUAUAUCUUUUUUAAUGGGGCCCAAAAUUCCUCUCUCCGCCCUGGCUGAUGAACCAAAGAGAAAGAGAGAUUGUUAUGUUAUCUCUCUCUUUUCCCCUGGACUGAGAGUAAGAGUGUAAUUUAGGAGGGUAAAUCCUGAGAAUGGGUUCCUGUUGAGAUUAGUGAUGGUUUGUGACAACCCUGCCUUAUAAAUCCACCCAGUGCCUGUUGGUUUACAGUUUCUUGUCAUAAUGGUUUACAAAGUGGUCCAGUUGAAGUCAACUGGUGAACAGAAUUGGAGAUUUUUCAUUAUGGACCAAAGUGUUCAACUUCCUUAUGUCAUUACCUCCAUCCUGUAUCAGUUUAGAAUAUAUAAUGAAAAAUAUGUAAGGAGAAUGUUUACCUAUGUCAUUUAUCUGUAUGCAUUGUUCUUGGCACUCUGAUGUUGUCGUUUGUAAAUUUCUAUCAUGGAUUGUCUGUGCCAUAUUUUUGCACGUCAAAUAAAUUUUAACAAGCAUGGAACAUAUAAGUGUACACCACGUGAAGCUUCUCACCUUAUCCUGCCAAGGAAUGGACUCCUCUCACAC